GUUGCAUUUUUUAUCGUAGAAACGCUAAAAUCUGCAAAAUUACAAGUUUUCUAUGGAUUUAGAGUAAUUUAACACCUUGUACUUAUUAAUUUUAAUUAUGUUUUGGAGUGGAAAUUAUAUUGUAGUAAGGGGUCUAAACUUUCUUCUCAAAGAAGAGAAUGCAUCACUAUCAUUGACUCAGGUGCUGGAGGCGGAUGAUAUUCUACAAGAAUGUAAAGCUGAUAACAAAAAUUUGAUGCAGUUCCUCACAAAGCCAGAGAUUCUGGCGGAACUGAUAACGCUGAUCACAGAGGAGCCCCCCAACAGUGUGGACCUGACGUCGCAGUACCGGCACGCGAGCAUAGCGUGCGAGGUGCUCACCAGCCACCUGUCCAUGCUCAGCGACCGGCUGUCGCUGGAUGUCACGCAGAUGAACCGGCUCUGUGAUUUCCUCAACAGGGAUCCACCACUAAAUCCGCUACUCGCCUCAUACUUCAGUAAAACAGUAGAAAUGCUGUUGGAACGCAGUCCAAAACAGGAUUGGUACCUGUACCACAUCGUGUGCCUGCGGGUGUUGGACUUCUUCAAGUCCAGGCGCGACUUCCUGCCCAACCUGCUGCGGCACAUAUCCACCUCGGCCAUCGCGGACACCUUCAAGUACUUCAUCAGACUCGACGAUCUCUUCAACAAAAUCAUCAUGGAGUGGUUAGACGAGCACCAGUUCCUCGAGUGCCUGAUCCACAUAGUCUGCGGGACGUACGUGCCAGAGGAAAUCGACCGGGGCGAGGAGAAGGGUGAGCGGGACGCCAGCGAGAAGACCGAGGUCUCCAACCACGCGGAGAACACGCAGCAGGAGGUAGACAGCAAUCGUGAUCAAGAAAUGGAUAAAAAACUCACUCCACUCAAUCUGCACAGCAGACAGACUCAGAAUAAUGAACAACUCAACAAUAUACAGCAGAAAAUUGCAGCAUGGGCCGUAAAGUCAUUGCAUGGGAGAUAUCGAACCUACCUUUGUGAGCCUCACGUCGACAAACAUAAAUCGAACGAAUGGCUAAGGAGAGGUGAACUAUUUCCUGAGACUGAAGGUUUCAUGCUUGCAAUACAAGAUGAAGUAAUACCAACCCGUAAUUACAGAAAACAUAUUAUACGAGACCCUAAUCAAUCUAAUGACACAUGCAGACAAUGCAACAGUGCAACUGAAACUAUUCAACAUAUAACCGGGUCUUGCAAAAAUAUUGCUCAAACUGAUUAUAAACACAGGCACGACCAAAUAGCUUCCAUAAUUCAUCAAGAACUAGCCCACAGAUAUCAGUUUAUACAAAGUAAACAGCCUUACUAUAAAUACAGACCCGAAACCGUUCUAGAAAAUCACAAUUGUAAACUAUACUGGGAUAGGACCAUUCUCACAGACAAGACAGUACACUUCAAUAGGCCAGAUAUCACAUUACAUGACAAAAACUCUAACACAGUAUAUCUUAUAGAUAUAGCUGUACCUAACACACACAACAUACAAUCUACCAUUUCAGAUAAAGUCUCAAAAUAUCAGGAUCUUGCAAUAGAGACUCGAAUAGCAACGGCACGGCUGGCUCGGAGCGGCCCCCGGGCGGGGGCCGGGGCCGGGGCCGGGGCGGGGGCGCGGGCGGCGGUGGCGGCGGCCAACGCGGCGGCGCUGCUGUGCGAGGUGGUGGUGUCGGGGUGCGCGGCGGAGGGGCGGUGCGGGCGGUCGCGGUGCGGCGCCGCGCUGGCGGCCAGGCUGCGCGGCGGCGGCAGGGUGCGGCUGCUGCUGCAGGCCAUGUUCACCAGCCCGCCGCCCGCCAGGGACAGGGCGCUCGUGCACGGCUGCAGGCUGCUGCUCGCGCUCCUGCACAGGGGGGGCGAGGACGAGGCGGCGUGCGAGGAGUCGCGGCGUGGAGUGGAGGCCGCGCUGGCGCCGCACCUGCCGCUGCUGCACCAGGCGCUGCUGCAGGAGCCGGCGGGGCCCCCGGGCGCGGCGCCCCCCGGGGCCCCGGGCGCGGGCCCCCCCGGGGCCCCGGGCGCGGGCCGGGCGCGGCCCGUGGGGCUGGCGCGCGUGCAGGCGGCGGCGCUGCUGGCGCACCUGGUGCUCUCCGACGUGGCCGACGUGCACACCGCCCUGCUCACGCUCGGCACGGCGGGCGUGCUGGUGGACAUGUUCUUCUCGUACCCACAAAACAACUUCCUGCACGCGCAGGUGUUCGCGCUGGUGGCCAACGCGCUCGCAAACGAGCCCUACAGAGACAGCUACAUGAAACAUCUCCUAGUUGAGUGUGAUCUGUUAAAUCGACUGAUGGAUUUGUUUGAAGAGAAGAAAACUGACGCGGAUCACGGUGUGUGGUGCCGCAGGGUGCGAGCCGCCAACACGGGGUACGCACUGCUGGCGCUGGAGAGGGUGGAGCGAGCCCUGCAGGCCGCCGGGCCCCGGGCGGAGGCCGAGCUGCUGCGGGAGCCCCGGGCGCUCCGCUGGCGGACCUUCCGCGACGAGCUGCUGCGGCCCCUGCUGCUGCAGCGAGACACGCCGCUCGGCGGAUGUCACCCGUCGGAAAAUAUAUACGAGGAAGACAACAUGGCCGACCCGCUGAUGGCCGGAUAUGACUACAACGACGUGAGCGCUGACGACCACGGCGGGGAUAUCAACGCCGAUAUGAAUGAGUACUGCGCGGACGUGUGCGUGGGGGGCGGCGACGAGGGAGCUGCGAGGGGGGCGGAGGCCGAGCUAGCCGACCACGAGAUGCAAAAUGCGAAGAACAGCUUCUUAAAAUUGGCGAGUGAACGUUUCGACGCCGACAUGUGGGAGGAGUCCCCCGACGGGGAGGGCGCGGAGGAGGCCGAGGAGGCCGAGGAGGCCGAGGAGGCGGAGGAGGAGCCCCCCGAGGACUGGCCGCUCGACGCCGCCGCCCGCCGCCGCCUGCAGGAGGUGCUCGGGGACGUCGCGCCGUGGGAGAGCGCCCCCGAGUCGGAGGGUGCGGAGGGUGCGGGUGGUGGGGGUGGUGCGGGGGAGGCGGGGGGGUGGGCGCGGUUCUCCCCGGCGGCGCCCCCGGCCCCCUGCGACCCCUACUGGCCGCCCGCCGCAGCACAGGAGAGCGCACAGGAGAAUAUAGAGAGUGGCGUGCACCGACUGCAGCUGGACGAGCAGCUGCAGCCACCGCAGCCGCUGGACGACGCCGGCACCGCCGAGCUGGCCAACCACCUCCUCACCGCCAUGAGCGGCAUGGCGCCAGACCUCGUCGCCAACAUCGUCAACGCCAACACGCCCGUCGAUUUCCCCACGGAAGUCGCAGACUCGAUCCGACUUCCCGGACCGAUCGGAGCCGGUGACAGUGCAGCCAGCGUUCCCGGCACGGCCGGCGACUUCCCCGAGUCCGUCGUCGAUCGGACCGGGACCGAUCAGGGGCUCCCGGUUCGAGUUCCGGUCGUCGGUAAUGUCGAAGCCAAUACUGCCGCUAAGGUUUCUAGCGGGAGUACGGAGACUACCGUAGCUGGCGGACUCGAGACUAAAGAGCCGAGCUCGAGUAGUGAACGCAGCAGCAGCGAAGUCCGCGAGGAGUCGAGCAGCGCAUACGACAGUCAGGCCGCAGGUGAGCAGACAAACGUUACCAGCGAGCAGGUGGACGUAAGUUCAAGUGAGAGCAACGAACAAACCGCGGCUGGUGAGAGCGACGGCGGCGAGAGAUGA